AUGCUUUUACUCGGAACCUUCCUCACGCUCCUUACUUCGAUUAACGCUCUCCCUGUGCCGCCUGCAGCGCACUUCCCUGUGCCGCCUGCAGCCCCCUUCACGAACAACUUCGGCGCCCAGCUCGAGUGGGUCGACUGCACGGUCAACGUGCCCGCACCCGUCCAGCAGCAGUUUAACGUCACCACUUGGAAUGCCACUGGACUCCCGACGCUCCCUUCGACGCUGGCAUGCGGACACUUGACCGUUCCGCUCGACUAUUCGGCUCCGAUCAGCGACUCGAAUAACAUUACCCUGGGCUUUGCCAUGCACCGGCCGGGUAACGCCUCCCAGUUGCUCAACUUCAACCCAGGUGGCCCCGGUUUGGAGGCUGCUUCGUUCGCAUGGGGAAUCGCUCUCAACUCCUCGUCGAGUGCCAUGUUCGAUGGCGUGCUUGACCAGGACUUCCUGGCUGUUGAUGUCCGCGGUGUUGGGCAGUCGAAUCCUUUGAACUGCUCUUUGGUCGCCGCCUCACAGAUACCUAUUGCGCUCCCAACAGACGCAGCUUCCUUCGCGGCUUAUCAGGCAUCUGUCGCUGCAUUUGCGCAAUCUUGUGUUACCGGCAGCUCUCCGCCGGGCAUCGUCCAGCACGUUGGCACCCAAGAAGUCGCGCAGGACUGGAACACCUUGAUGAACGCCCUCAACUAUACCAAGAUGAACUUCUUGGGCGUAUCAUACGGGACCUUCCAAGCUGCCGAAUACGCCUCUCGUUUCCCAGAAAGCGUUGGCAACUUUGUCCUCGACGCCGUUCUCUCGCACGCAACGGUCGAUCAAAUCGCCGUCGCUGAUCAGAUCACGGCGGUCAACCGUCUUGUUCUUCGCGCGGACGAUUUCUGCCAAUCCGAUCCGUCUUGCCCUUUCAAGGAUCAGGGCAACGGCAGCGUCCCCGAGGCAUUCACCAAGGUCAUCCAGAUGGCCGAGAACGGUUCCUUCAGCGAUCUCAACGUCACCGCGACGCUGGCCAAGUUCGCGUUGUACUACACGGUCAACUCUUCUCCGGACUUCCCCAAGUUCAACCUGGCGCUCUCGCAAGCAUUGAACGGCAACGCGACGCUUCUGGUACCUGAUCCGGUGAUCAUGCUGGAGAUUGUGAACGUGUUACCGAUCAUCUGCGCGGACGAGGCUGGCGACGACAAUACUCUGGGCGGCCUCGUGAAGUUGAAUCAGAGCGCAUCUGCGGUCGACACGCUCGGUUUCCAAUACUCGCAGUUCUGGCAGCUACGGCUCAUGUGCACCGCUUGGCCGUUCUCCGCCAGGCCGAAGCAGACCUUGCACGUUCAGUCCCCCAUGUUAUUCGUUACCGCAGACUACGAUCUCAACACACCGACGGAGCUCGCGACUCUCCAAUGGCAGGAUCAAUCCCCGCAAUCGACUCUGGUGGUCCGUCACGGAGACGAUCAUGGUACGACGAUGCUUGCUGGGCAACCCGCUAGCCAAGACGCGAUUGCUUUCCUUUCAUCGGGCACGAUCCCCCAGCCGACGGAGCAGCAACUCGUCAGCGUUUACGCUCCUGGCUCGCAGCGUCCGCCGGUCACGCCCCCUUACGUCGCACCCAUCGGGAAGGAUGCCGGAGACUUGUCGACGGUUGAGACGAUCUCUUUUUGAAUAGCUGAGAGAUUCUCGGGAGAUGAUAUGCACCUGUGCGGCUGGGACGGUCUGUAUGAUUGCUAGGACAAUAUACUUUGACCCCGC